AUGAACGACAAUACGGUAGCACCUGGCUCACCGCAGCUGGGUGCGCCAAAGCUGGGGGACUUUUCCAAGCUCAGUUCUGCAUGGGCGACUCUGCUUGGGUCUGGAAAAUCUUCCAGCGACUAUUUGCAACCUUCUGAGAAACCAACACAACAGUGCCAACAGAAAGAAGAAAUUCCCGAAAUCCGGGAAAAGCAAGAUGAAUCCUGUAACAAUGAUCCCGGAUCGGCAUCUAACGGAGAUGUCAGCCCGGUCGCAUUCAUACCUCGUGAUUUCCUUGCCAAUUUUGAUUUUUCCAAGCUUGACGCUUCCAGCUUCACACCACCCAAGCAGCAGCAGAAAGCAGUGUCUUUUUCGCCAUGCAGGGAGGAGAUCGAUUCAACCACCUCGAGCCCAUUAUCAGACGCCUCGCUGGGUUGCUUCAGCCUCUCAUCCGCAGACGAGGACCACUCUACUGCUCCCUCUUCUCCUCAACUCGACCGUCCUAUUCAACAGGAAUUGGAAGAGAUUUCAAUUCUGUCACAUGAACCAACAACACCAAAACCAUCCAAGAAACAGAAGGGCCGUAAGAAUACACGUCAACGCCAGGCUGUUACUGGACCAUUCAAAAUACCGCCUCAUCUUCGCAAAUCUUAUGCCGAGGAGCUGGUCAAGGCCGAAAGGUUUUUGGCAGAAAAUGAAUGCUUCAUCGAGCCACUGCAGCGCUUGAACUACAGUACUGUCCAUACCGGUCAGUCAAAGUACUCCCGUGGCUUUGCGGGAGAGAAGAAGGCACCUUGGUUCUGUCCCAUCCCUUUUCCACCAUUGUCACGACAAAAUUUCGACUGGAGUGACUUUUGGGAAUCACCUCACCCGCUCCUGUCAACCGAUACGGGCUCCAUAAAUCCUGUGUAUAUCUCCACCAAUGAUGCCAAGUGUAGACUUAUUCUUGGACGACUUGGAAUUGAGUUCACCAGGGAUGCUUUGCUCGGAGCCCCUAACGACGAUACGAACAAAGGCGUUCAUAUUUUCGUAGACAUGUCCAACAUUGUCAUAGGCUUUCAAGAUCAGCUCAAGCGACUGCGCGGCAUUAACAUCAACACCAGACUGGCCGAACCGCCCUUUUUCUUCCAAGGCUUGGCUCUGGUUCUGGAACGAGGCCGUGCUGUUGCUAAACGUGUAGUAGCAGGGUCCACAAGCAACCCUCAUGAACCACUCACCUGGCCGCUUUACUUGAAUGAAGCCAGAAGCCUUGGAUAUGAAAUGAACAUCCUUCACCGUGUCAUCAAGCCGCUCACACAGCGGUAUCCUGCUCGAGGACCAAAGCAGCUUCGAAACACCAGCGACUUUUGGGCAUCUUCGGCACUAAACUCCUCCGAGGAUGAACUCGAGGCCCAGAUCCAGCUCGAAUACUCCGUCGGCCUUCGAAAGAAGGGCGAGCAGGCUGUGGACGAAAUUCUACACCUGAAGAUGUGUGAGAGCAUCAUCGACUCGGAACCGAGCACUAUGGUUUUGGCGACCGGGGACGGAGCUGCGGCGGAGUUCUCUGCUGGUUUUGUGGCACAGGCGGAGCGCGCCCUAGCCAAAGGCUGGCAUAUAGAGCUGGUCACUUGGAAGGGUAACAUCUCUUCGGCAUGGCAGCGUCUCUUCGACGCCAAGAAGUGGCAAAAUCAGCUCCGGCUCAUCCACUUGGAUUGGUAUGCGGAAGAGUUGUUGGCUGGGAUCAGAGAGUCCUGA